UCGGUUGGGGGCGGGAAGGGGCUGACAGGGGUUCUGGGGUGGGUUCAGGGAAUCCGCAGGGGAAGUGGGGUGCAGGGGCCGGGGAAGGAGCACUUGAGGUCAGAACAGCCUUAGAGCUCAGGGUGCAGCAGGGUGAAGACUGGGGAGAGGUCGGGGGUCGCGGGGGACAGAGCCGGACCAGGUACAGGCAGGCGCGAGCAGGCCACUAGCUGAGAUGAGGGCGAGUGUGGGACCAGAAUAAUUUCUUCCAGGAAAAAGCCGACUAGGAUGUAAGAAAGGAGGGCGGUGGUAAGAAUCCCAGAUUCGGGCGAAAAAGGAGAUGAAUCCAUUGGGAGGGUGGGAGGAAGAUCUUGAAGAGGUCCCCAUGUGCUAAGACAGUAGGGAGGAGGCGACAGGAAUGGACGCUGAGGCCACAGUAGAGAGAAGCUGAGAGGAAGGUUGCAAGAGAGAUUGCACGAGAUGCCAGGGAGCCAGCGCUCCUGCCUGCAGACCUAGGCUGCCUGGGAGGCGGCCACCCUGGACGCUGCCCCGCUCUCCCGGCCAAGCCCUGAGCCUGCCCUUUCCUAGGGAAGGACCCAGGCGUCAUGGCUUGGUGGGGUCUGGACGGGCUUCCCCAGGGCCUUGGCGAGCCCUGGAGAGAACUCUGGAGACCCGGCCCAGGGCCCCUGCACCGAGUACCUCCCUUUCCACCUCCAGCCCGGAGCAGCAGGGACUGUAGAAACGGGAACGUGGAUGGCUGGAGACAGAGUCUGGAGCCUUCAGAUAAUGUGGAAAUGUUUCUGCCUUCAGGUUCCAACAGGCUGAUUCCCCCCUCCCACUUCCAAGCCCGGCCCCUUCCAACUCUGUCAAGAAUGGCCCCUACCUGGGUCUCAGACAUGCCUUUGGUCCAGUCCCCGCCCCAUCAAGAUGUCCCAGAGAGGCAGCUGGAAAACCAAAGACCUCAAGUGACCAUGUGGGAGCGGGAUGUCUCUGGUGACGGCCAGGAGCCAGGGCGCAGAGUCAGGUCUCUAGGGCUGCAGGGGUCACAGGCCCUGAGCCAGCAGGCUGAGCUGAUCUCUCGGCAACUCCAAGAGCUGCGGCGGCUUGAGGACGAGGUCCGGGUCCUUCGGGAGACCUCCCUGCAGCAGAAGAUGAGGCUGGAGGCCCAGGCCAUGGAGCUGGAGGCUCUGGCACGAGCGGAGAAGGCUGGUCAAGCUGAGGCCGAAGGUCUGCGUGCUGCCUUGGCCGGAGCCGAGGUUGUCCGGAAGAAUCUGGAAGAGGGGAGCCAGCGGGAGCUGGAGGAGGUGCAGCGGCUGCACCAAGAGCAGCUCUCUUCCCUGACCCAGGCUCACCAGGAGGCUCUUUCCAGUCUGACCAGCAAGGCCGAGGGCUUGGAGAAGUCUCUGAAUGGCCUGGAGUCCAGGAGAGCAGGCGAAGCCAAGGAGCUGGCCGCGGCCCAGAGGGAGGUCGAGCUGCUGCGGAAGCAGCUGAGCAAGACCCAGGAAGACUUGGAGGCCCAGGUGACCCUGGUUGAGAGCUUAAGGAAAUACGUGGGGGAACAAGCCCCUCCCGAGGUGCACAGCCAGACGUGGGAGCCGGAGCGGCAGGAGCUUCUGGAAACCGUGCAGCAUCUGCAGGAAGACCGGGCUGGCCUGAGUACCGCCACGGAGCUGCUGCAGGUGCGAGUACAGAGCCUCACGCACAUCCUCGCCCUGCAGGAGGAGGAGCUGACCAGGAAGGUUCAGCCUUCAGAUGCCCUGGAGCCCGAGUUCACCCAGAAGUGCCAGUCCCUGCAAGAGAAGGUGUUCACCCUCAUGGUGCAGCUCAAAGCCCAGGAGCUGGAGCACAGAGACGCCGUGAAGCAGCUGGAGGGGCAGGUGGCGGAGCUCCAGGAACAGGUGACAGUCCAGAGCCAGGAGCUGGCCAUCCUGCAGCACUCCCUGCAGGACAGAGCCACAGAGGUGGAGGUGGAGCGGGUGGGCGCCAAGGCCCUGCAGGCGGAGCUGAGCCGAGCCCAGGAGGCCCAGCGCCGGCAGCAGCAGCAGGCCGCCUUGGCCGAGGAGCAGCUGAAGCUCGUGAUCCACGUGGUCAGCAGCUCCCAGGUCUGGCUCCAGAGCACCGUGGCCAAGAUGGAAGAGGCCGCGGCCCGGCUCCCCAGCCUCAGCAACCGCCUCAGCUACGCCGUCCGCAAAGUCCACACCAUUCAGGGCCUGAUGGCUCGGAAACUGGCCCUUGCUCAGCUGCGCCAGGAGAGCUGCCCUGCACCUCCAUCCCAGCUCCCGCCGGCCCCAGACAUGAGCCUGGAGUUGCAGCAGCUGCGGGAAGAAAGGAACCGCCUGGACGCAGAGCUGCAGCUGAGCGCCCACCUCAUCCAGCAGGAGGUGGGCCGGGUGCGGGAGCAAGGGGAGGCAGAGCGGCAGCAGCUGAGUAAGGUGGCCCAGCAGCUGGAGCAGGAGCUGCAGCAGGCCCAGGAGUCCCUGGCCAGCGUGGGGCUGCAGCUGGCAGCAGCACGCCAGGGCCAGCAGGAGAGCACAGAGGAGGCGGCCAGUCUGGGGCAGGAGCUGACCCAGCAGCAGGAGGUCUACGGGCAAGCCCUGCAGGAGAAGGUGGCCGAAGUGGAAGCCCGGCUGCGGGAACAGCUGUCCGACACAGAGAGGAGACUGAACGAGGCUCAGAGGGAGCACGCUAAGGCUGUGGUCUCCCUGCGCCAGGUCCAGCGCAAAGCCACGCGGGAGAAGCAGCGGGACCAGGAGCUGCGGCGCCUGCAGGACGAGGCCCGGAAGGAGGAGGGGCAGCGGCUGACGCGGCGUGUGCAGGAACUGGAGAAGGACAAGAACCUCAUGCUGGCCACCUUGCAGCAGGAGGGUCUCCUCUCCCGUUACAAGCAGCAGCGACUGUUGGCAGUCCUCCCCUCCCCGCCGGGUAAGGAGAAGUUGGUGGAGUCCAGCCCCCAGCCUCCGGAGUCCUCAGCCUCCGUGCCUCCGACCCCAGCUGUGCUCACCAGAGCGUCCCUGAAAGGGUCCCUCUCUGUCCUGCUGGACGACCUGCAGGGCCUGAGUGAGGCCAUUGCUAAAGAGGAAGCUAUCUGUCAAGGAAGCAGCUAGAACUCUCCUGCUGGCGUCUGCUGCUGAGCCUCCAGCCAGCCAGGAGCUGAGGGGCAGUCAGCCUGGGGCUGGGAGGGUCGGAGCAGUGGGGCAGGGGCUGCCCAGCCCUCUUCCCCUGGAGCCUGGAUCCCGGGGACACCAGCUACCGCCAGGUCUGAAUUCUGCACUAAAUAAAGCCGGCUAUGGAGGAGCCGCCGUGUGGAAUGUUCUCUGGGAGCGUGGGGACUGCUCCUUGCCACCUCUCUCCCUGGAUGUGACAGGAGGGCCCACGCACAAAUCUGACGACAUGGUGCCUCUUUUUAUUUCCGGUGAAGUUUGCUCGUGGGAGUGUUCGCUUGCUGAAGAGAGGCGUGGGGUGGGGGAAAUGAGAAAGUACCUCUUGGGACCAGCAGGUGGCGUG